AUGGCCUCUGCCCAACCGUCGUCGUAUUCCCUCCCACCCCCGCCAUCCAAUACGAAUAUGCACAACAGCGACUUCCGUCUGCCUUCUCUGAAAGACCUUAACUUCCAGUACCGCUCACCGCAAGAUGGGUCGGGCCAGCCGCCGCCCAGCGCCAGCAACCACGGGCAGUACGACCAUCCUCCCCCGGCACCGUCGAGCUCUCGUCACGAGCCAGGUUCAUGGGGUCGUCCGGGUUCCACAAACCAACCGCCGCCCCCAUCUUCCAGCGGACAUGAGCAAUCUGCCAAGUCGGUCGACUAUCCUCACUCAAAACACGAGGGCUACGUUACGCCUGGUAUACCCCUUUCCGCGCAGACGACCCCAGGGCCGGGCGCUAUUAACAGCACGCACCCUCCUCAACGAGAAGAUCCGGCUCAUAUACCACACAAAAGGCCGCGAUCAGACUCAGCGGUCAGCAGCAAUAUUUCUCCGGGCCGGUCUCCGCACGCGUCGUACCCUCCGCACCCUUCGUACGCGCAGCCGGUAUACCAGCAGCCACCUCCCGCUGCCCCUCCUCACGAACCCAGUCACCAGCACCCGGGACCAUACCCGCCGCCUCCGGCUUAUGGUGGGUAUCCGCCACACUACAUGCCUCAAAGGUCUGGCCCUCCGCCUCCACCGCCAGUGCAUGCUUCUCCGCAUACCCAUCCGGGCCACCCGCCGCCGCACGGUAAUCCGUACCCGGCACCUCCUCCCGCGCAUCCGGAGCCACACUGGCAGCACCACCACGGGCUACCGCCACCGCCACAGAACGGACCGCCCCCUCCUCCACACCAGCAAUAUCACCAGCCUCCUCCGCACGAACAGCAACCUCCGCACCAGCAAUAUGGACCUAGAACGACGCCAUUAGUUCCUACUACUCUUACUGAUAAUAGGCCACCGCCUUAUGCAACCAGCGAUGCAGAGAAGGUAGCUGUACGACAAGACACCUUGCAAAAAAUCAUCAGACAUUGCGGGGUACUCUGCUCGUUCGCUGAACGGUAUGCUAAGCUUCAGCAAAGUCUUCCUCGUGCGGAACCGGACCCCAGCGAGGUUUCGGAAAUGGCUCAGAGAGCCGCGCAAGUUGUCCGUCUCGUCGACACUCUCAGAAGGAUCAUGUACGGAGCGGAGCCGCCUUCGCCGGGCGCGCACGCCCCCCACCCUCACGCUCCCGUCCACCCUGGGCCUCCGCCCGUUCAAGACAGGCCCCCGAAGCGGCCCUGGGAGGAUAUGGCUAGAGACGAGAAUAUGCCUGGUGUCGCCGGCCCAUCUCACGGCCCAAGUGAAGGUAGCAUGGAACCGUCAGGUCCUCAUGUACAAGGACCACCAGGGUCGACAACAGCCGAGCAAGACAUGGAGCUGAUUAGGACCAAGAGAGCCACAAGCUCCGCUGGAAGCGGGAUGCCAGGGCAAGGCAAGAGCAAGUAUAGGAAACGAAGCCGCGCUACUCCUCCAGGAAAGUGUCACUCGUGUAAUAUCCGAGAGACCCCGGAGUGGAGACGAGGUCCAGAUGGGGCAAGGACAUUAUGUAAUGCUUGUGGACUCCACUAUGCUAAGCUCAUGCGAAAGCGGGAUAAAGCGCUCGCCGAAGGCCAUCCGUCGCCUAUUGUGGAUCUCGAGACGCUCAAGAACUCUGCUGCCGCCAGGGUAGCGAGCGAAGACGAUAAUGCCGAGCCGUCGCCAGUACAGUCCAACAGCCACCUUCCGCCUGGCGAGCCGCAAGAGCUCCGCCAAUACAGACAAGAUUAUGCUACGUCGGAGUCCGUCUCGCAACAGUCCACGCCCCAUGUUGGCAUUCGAAAGAUGCCACCGGCCUCCCAAGGUAUGCCGCCGAACCACCAUCCGCAUCCGUCCCAGCUUCCACUCUCCGGUCCCGGGCAGCAACCUCAGCCUCCCUCGUAUCAGCUAGUGCCCGUCGGCAGUAGCUCCCUCGCGGGGCCGGGACAUAUGGCGCCCUCUCCGAUUCAAUCCUCGAAUCAGCAAAUGUUGCCUCCCCCGCCCCCUCAUACCCCCCACGGCGCGCAUGGCGACUCGCAGCAGUCCAGCGGUGUACCGCCGCCCCCGCCGUGGGCCACGCAGAACGGGGGUAGGAACGGCUACGCCAACGACCAUCCGCAGGGCCAUUCCAACCAUCCUCAUCAACAACAAUCGUUUGCCCGUAGGCCUCACGUCUCGAAUGCUCGCGGGUCACCGCAUUAAGGUAUGAAAUAUGGUACUGCAUCAACUGGUAUUUUUGUCUGUUCCCUUGCUUCCGCACAUUGUUUAUAGGUUGUCUCGUUCUAAUCGUGCCAGUAGCGUCCCUUGUAUAAUUCUCUGUAUAGUCGCGUAUUGCCUUGGUAGCUAUGACGUUCUCUACAGCAAUAAUCUUGAUUGUAC